AUGGCCAACCAACGUACGCACGCUCUAGACAAUCUCCGCACAUGCCUCACAGCGCUGGUUAUCCUCCACCACUCUUCGACCCCCUAUGGCGGCGCAGGUCCAUGGCCAUAUACCUCGCCUCUAUAUAUGCCGAACAGCUCUCCCAUUCUCCUCACUUUCAACUUUCUUAAAGAAAAGUGGAAGAGACUAGGUGUUCCGACGCUGAUGUUUAGUCUGAUCGUGAAGGGGGCUGCUAGAGGGAUUCUAGCGUGGAGGUUGAAAGAUGAGGACUGGGUCAACAUUGGUAGAGAGGUCUUGGAGGGCUUGAAGAUUGUUCGGGGUGUUUCGGGGCCGGUGUGGUACUGUGCGUUACUCCUUAUCUUUGAUGGGUUGUAUGCUGGACUACUACCGAGCCAUUUUGCAGAUAAGUCGCCAAGUCAGAAAGCGAUCUUUAAAGCACCGUCCGAUGUUGUCAACAUCAACGUAGCCUCACCUACGGCAAACACUACCAACUCAACCAAGGAACCACACACCUUUCGUACGACCCACGUGCUAGCUGCAGUCACCUUGACAUCAAUAUCCUCCUUCGUCAUUCGACUCUACUAUCCCGUAGGUCGACCCCUUUGGCCAAUAUCCCUCCAGCUGGCUUAUGCAUCACAAUACGUACUCUACUACACUACUGGGAUCUACAUACAUCGCUCUGGACGUUCACUCCAAGGGUUCAUCUCUCCAUCUACCUUAAGGGUAAUUGGUACAAGCACCGCCCUCAUAACCUCUAUUGGUCUCUUCCACAUCCAAUACCUGACUCGUACCGGCAUGUCAUCCUCUCAAAUCAUGCCCCUGGUUUUCGGUGGCCCAAAUAUGCUCGCCCUACUUUAUGCGUUGUUUAACGAAUUCGCUGGCUUUUUCAUCGCUUCAUUGAUCUUGAAGGCCUUUUAUAACGCACGCAUGUCUUUCUUAGGGAAACGCUGGAGUGUAGGGAAGGUGGACCUGAGUGUGUAUAGUUACGCGGCUUUUAUGGUUCAUGGUCCUGUAGUCCUUGAUUUACAAUGUCUAUUUGGGAAGAAAGGCUGGGAGGGUAUGGGGGCGGUGGAAACGGCGUUCUCAGUGGGAAUCUUGGGUGUGGCAGAGUCAUGGGUGAUUGGGACGAUACUGAAGAAGGCUAUCGAGUCGGUGAGGUGGAAGGGAUAUCUGUGA